AUCUCAAUGGUUACAACGUACAGGUAGUUCGAACCAUCACCAGCCCUCCUCUUGCGCAUUCAUCCUCCCAGUGGCCCUGCGAACCGAGGCGCUGUGGCUGCCUGCUCCGACCCAGCGUCCUGACAGCAUGGCGCAGGUCGUCACGACGGCAUUCUGGCCCAUUUUCGCCCGCCGGUCAGAUGGCCAUGAAGUCGUCACGCAAAAAGGCAUACAGAUAAAGAACGCACCGAACACUCAGCAACUCGACCGAACCCCUAAUGCACAAGGUCAAUGUGACUACUACCGACUACUCGAUCGAGAUGAACCCAAACACAUCGACUGGCGCAAGAAACUUGGAGGCAUGCUGCUGCGCGAGCUAGGAGGGAAAGAGCAUGAAGAUAAAUGGUCGCAGACGGUUCUUUGGGACUUACCAGAAGGGUACCGCUUAUAUGAGCAUAUAAAAUCCAAGGCGGAUGGUCAGGCAAAGGCAGUGAAGAACCACUCAGGCGGUGGUCAUGAUAGACAGGACGCCUAUCUUUACGGAUAUCCCAAAGGACCUAAAAAGAGAUUUAGGAGCCCAAUCGAGUUCUUUCCACAUCUCUUAUGGUUGUGCUCGGACGACACCAAUGAUACAGAGAACUGCAGCUGCAAAAUGUGCUCACCUGUGCAGCUGGAAACGGAAAAACCUGCACCGACCCCUCAAGGAACACCCCCGAUCAAAAACGAACCUCAACCUGCAACAAGUCUGCCUUCCGCCCAAGGUCGUCUACCACAAACCGGUACGCUGUCUGUACAACACAUACAAUCAAGCAAUGGGUCUACUCAGAAUGCCGUCCCAACUCCUACACCCAGUAUAAUACAACUACAACAGCAGCCCAAGCCUUCCACGCAACCACAACAAUCGCUACAACAGCAGCAACAGGUACAACCAUUGCAACAAUCUACACCGCAACCGCAAUCGCAACCGCAACCGCAAGCACAGCCCCACCCUCGGCCCCAGCAAGCUUCGGCUCCUCCAGCAGCCGUAUCCGCAGCCCCAGCUCCCAACCCUGUUCCCCAGGCAUCACAACUUCCCCAACCGAGAUCGAUAGAUCAACAGGUCGAUGGACAGUACCACAAAUUCUUGGCUCGUAUAGGGGAAACAGUUUGGUUUCACCGAGAAAAAACACGCGCUUGGGGACUAGGUCUGGUGGUGCGACGCUGGAAAGCGCAGGAUCCUAACGGUAUCGAAAAGCCCACUUAUCUUGUUCAGCCCUUAUCACAUCCUUUCGAUUCGCCUGCGCCUGAAAUAAUUCAGUCUGACGAUAGACUCAAACCGUGGCUGGCAUGGUCCGCUCCGUUAUGCACCUAUGGCUAUCUACAGCAAAAUCAGCAUCUUUCGUAUGAUCAAGUUGAUUGGCGGUCUCUGCUCUCCGGGCAGUUCGGCGAUGGUAAUCCAGAAGUCGAUGCGUCCAUUCUUGCAGCCAAAGCCGUAGAUAUCACGUAUACACUUUGUGAGCAACUCAGAACCGUACCACACGUAGGUAUGGAAGAUCGGUUCUGGAACAGCAUGUAUUUUGGUGCGGAAAGGAUAUGGAUCGGUGAACCAGUCCGCUUGCGCAUCGGUAGUGGCACAGAUAUCAUGGUUAUUAGCUCUAUUGUUGAGCGGGCAUUCACGAAUGCUGCUAACUCCCAAACCGGCACUCCCCCGUCCCAAGUCCAUAUAAUUGGAGAUGUCUAUACGUAUGCCACACAUCAGGUCCCAAUGGGCCAGCAGGCGCCGGCAGUGCCUCACAAUAGCAACAUCCCGAUUCGCAUGCGUGAGGAUAUGAUCUGGCGAAAUAAAAUACUCUUGGAGGAGACACAGUCUAUCGCAUACUGGAAACUAGUGGCAACGCAACAGCGCCUUGAUAUUUCCGAAAUCAAAGGUCGCUGGUAUGAGGCUAGUGUUGUCUUUGUCGAGCCUUUCAAAACUGCCGUGCAGAAGAAGGAAGGCGGCAAUGGAGUAUGGAUGAAUUCGCGCGGUGAUGCCACUGGGGUUGGCAAAAUUUCGGGCGUUAAGAAAGAGCACCGUACGCAGGCGUUCAGUCAUGCUAUACCCAAGGGCUGCAUCUUGGUGGAAGGCUUCGAGUCACCUAAACCUGAAGAGCAAGGAAACCCACACGGGAAUCAUGUACAAAACAUGGACCUUGUAGGUGGAGUCGGUACGAGCGAUGCUCCGUUCAUUCUGGAUGAUUUUAUGAACCUCGAAGGAAUGGAUGGAGAUCACAUGGGUUUCGAAACUCAAUUCACAUUUUGAAGCCUUUGCCCAUGGGAACCCUACCAUAAUUCCACCAUUGAAAGAGAGUCUUCUUAGUCUGCGCAUAGUGUGACAUUGUCUCGCAUUGCUGGCGUUUGCAAAUAUUUGGUCAUUUGGUCAUUUCAUCGGCGUUUCACCAGGCUCCGGUCAAUGAGUACUCUGUUUCUGGUCGUGCUUGAAGGCGGUUUUCAAAGCACAUAAUUCAAAGUCGAGUGCUCAUCUUACCUUCAAGGAGCAUUACUGCAAUAGCAAGUGGACCUGUUUCGGAAGCGAGGUCUUGUCUAGGAGAAGGAUUUGGAUACCCCUUUGAGGCGUUUGGAGCUUCCAUAAGCCAGUGAUAUGUAACACUUCAUUCCAACCAUGUUCAAUCUCCAUGAGCUAUAUCUUGUGACAAAUCUUACUCUUUGUAUUCAGUGAACAUCCUGAUAAUAGCUUAAAAUAGUGCUUUAGCACUCUCUCCCCAUCCUCCGCAAGUUAUUGAG